AAGUCAGCAUCCUUUUGUAAUGGAGUGCCCAGCAUACCAGGUACACCUGGGAUACCAGGCCGUGAUGGACGGGAUGGCCGUGACGGGGCGAAAGGUGACCCAGGAAUGCCAGGAGAUACUGGACCCCAGGGUCCUCCUGGCCCUACUGGUGCAAACGGUGUUAAAGGGGAGCAGGGUGCCCCCGGUCCGAAGGAGGAGUCUGGAUCAAGUGGAAUGCUGGCUAACAGGAACUGGAGAGAACGUGCUUGGAAAAACUUAGAUGAUAACAGGGAUCACGGUCUGAUAAAGGUAAGGUUAAAUUGUAUCUGCAUCAAAAUCCCACCUCGUUUUAUCACGUGAAUAUCACAUGGAACACUAGAUCAUAAAAAGGGAAUUGGCCUCAAAUGCUUUGUUUUACACUCUCAUAAACAGAAGCACUCGGUGCACGAUUUAUUGGACCUUGACUUUGAGAUUGGUAGCAAAUGACAAGGAGUAGUAAAAGUUGAAAUUAUUCCCCCGGCCAGUUUUACAUCUUUUAGGACAGUACGUAUUUGUUUUUUGCUCUGUUUAUCUGCAUUUGCAGUUUAUCUGCAUUUGCAGUCCUUUUCACCCAGUUUCUUUCCGGCCAUAGCAAGGACGACCACUUUUCUGCAAUUUAAGACCAUUCAUUCUGAUCCGAUACAGUCGAUACGUACAUAACGGUCGUUUAUCUUUGUUUUGAAACGAUGAACUUGUCUCAUUUUUAGCAUCGCGUAUUUCAUGUUGCUGCGAAAACCAAAAUAGUGCAGAAUUGAGGCGGUUUAAAUCACAGUAGAUUGACAAGAAUUUGACAUUAUCCUUUAUUGUUUAGUGAUAGAUAACUUCCAUACGAUAUUAGCAAAAUUAAAAGCUUUUUAUAGCAAAUGACCUUCCAAAAUUCAGAGCAACAAAUUCAAACAAAUUGAAUUUCGUUCGAAUCACUCCAACUUCAUCAGCAUUACGUAACAGAAAGGUGUUAUGUAUUUCCAGAGUUUUUAUCCAGAGGAGGAUUGUAAACUUUAGCCAGGAACCGGUUCCAUACUAUAAUCUAACCACUGCAUGUUGCAAACGAUGGUACUUCACUUUCAACGGCGCAGAGUGUCCUUUGCCAUUAACGGUAUUGUGUAAGUGUGGCAACGUAACACUCACAAUGUUCACCGUGUUCGCCGUAUUGAGGGGCAUUGUAACAACAUUCACAAAGGAAGGGUGCGCGUGGGAUUCUAGGUUGGUAAUUGUCAACAUGGAGUCGCUGGUGAUGCCUCCACGAGCUGGCAGUCUGUGUUCCGGAUCUUUAUUGAAGAAGUUCCUCAAGCUCAAA